AUGGCUGGACAAGGUAAGACAACAUUGGCCAAAAGAGUAUACAAUGAUCAGUUAAUUAUGUGCCACUUUCAUGUUCGUGCAUGGUGUUGUGUUUCACAAGGAUAUCGGAGGCUAAGUUUGUUAUUAAAAAUCUUAAGUGAUAUUAUGGAUAAGCUUCCUAGCCAAUAUUUACAGAUGAAUGAAGAUGAUUUGGCUGUAGUUAAGGGAAACAGGUAUCUGAUAGUUUUGGAUGAUAUAUGGGGCAUUGAGGCAUGGAAUGGGAUGGAAAGAUCUUUCCCCAAUGACGCCAAUGGAAGUAGAGUUCUCUGUACAAGUCGCCUUCACAAUUUGUCAUCAGAAUUUAAGCUAGAUUGCAAACCUCACCCUCUUCGCCCACUCACUGAUGAAGAGAGUUGGGCUUUACUACAGCAUAAGUUGUUUGCCAAGAAAGCUUGUCCUCCACAACUGUGUGCUCUUGGGAAGCAAAUAGCAGAGAGUUGUAAGGGGCUACUUCUUGCUGUUGUUGUUGUUGCUGGAUUUCUUGCAACAAUACAGCAAUAUCAUUGGGAAGAAGUUGCAAGAAGUCUAAGUUCCAACGUUCUUUCUGACAAUGAACUCUGCAUGAACACAUUUGAGUUGAGCUAUAGACACUUACCUGAUUAUUUGAAGCCAUGCUUUCUAUAUUUUGGUGCAUUUCAGGAAGACGAAGAAAUUCCUAUCCAAAGGUUGGCAUUGCUAUGGAUCUCCGAAGGAUUUGUGCAGAAGACUGGGGUAAAGAGCUUAGAGGAUGCAGCAAAUGAGUACUUGAUGGAUCUCAUUGAUCAAAGAAAGCCAAAGAAGAAAGUUUUUUUGCAUAUUUUACAUGGGUAUGAUGAGCUUUACACUUUUACUGCACCAUACAACCCAUACAGGUUGGGUAUCUAUGCUGAUGCAAUGGCCUUUAAGAAGUCGAGGCUCUUCUGUCCUCAUUUACGCUGUUUGCUCUUCUUUUCUAAGACUCUUUUUGCUCCUGAACAGAAGCAUGAUUUUUCAUUCAUGUUUCGGAUAUUUAAACUUCUCAAAGUGUUGGACUUAGGGGACUAUGAUCUUGGUCAGAAGUUUCCAUUGGAGGUAGUAUUGCUGGUUCACUUGAGAUACUUGGUGAUUUAA